AUGGACAAGACAUUGUCUACCGCCGUUACUACCCCUACUGCCCCCAUUACCGAUCGCCCCGCGACCCCGGUCGCUACCGGCGGUGGGGCCGAGGAUCCUAGGGAUAACCGUCCUCUACGGCGCCCCCUCCCUAACGAUACGCCCCCCGCCCCCUCUCCCUCUAAGCGGGCUAAGACGGCGAAGGCUAAGGGCUCCUACUACUACCGCUACCUACGCCGCCUACGGGCCGUAGGUAAUGCGGCGGGGCGGGAGAUCGAUAAGGGUAAGCGCGGUAGCCGCUUAGGCUACGUACCGGCCGCUAACCUCGCCUACGCGAGGGGCGAGGAUAGCGCGCCCGCCGUUACCGCCAUCCAGCGCGAGGCCGACGUUAUCGACGCCGAGCUCCGGCUCGUCGAGACCGACGUAGCCCAUAAAGAAGCGCCGGACUCGCCCAGCAUUUCUAACUACGACGACGACCUAUCUAUCGAAGCGUUACUUAGAAGAAUAGACGACUUCUAG